UCCCUGAUCAAACUGUUCCUUUCUACCUAAUUAACAACAGAAUGUUCUUUCAUUUCAGGAGCUGUCUUCUAAGCAACAAAAUCCCCUGCUGGUGAUACCAUGUUUACACUGAAUACUUCUCUCAAUCAUCAUAGUUUUUUGCUGACAGGGAUACCAGGAAUGCCAGAGAAGAACCCCUGGAUGGCAUUCUCCUUAGGAAUACUAUACACCCUCACUCUUCUUGGCAAUGGAACCAUCUUAUCCAUUAUUAAGAUCGAUAGCAGCCUCCAUGAGCCCAUGUACUAUUUCCUCUCCAUUUUGGCACUGACUGAUGUGGGUCUCUGUGUGUCUACCCUGCCCACAAUGCUCAGCAUUUUCUGGUUCAAUGCUCCUGAAAUCCCUUUUGAUAACUGUAUCACUCAGAUGUUCUUUAUACAUGUAUUUGGAAUCAUGGAAUCUGGAGUAUUGGUGUCCAUGGCCUUUGAUCGCUUUGUAGCCAUUCGGGAUCCAUUGCGUUAUACUUCCAUUCUCACCUCUGGGGUCAUUGGCAAGAUUGGAGUAGCAGUCCUUGCCCGUGCUGUCUGUGUAGUCUUUCCUGUGCCCUUUCUUAUUAAGAGACUGCCUUUCUGCCGCUCUAAUGUCCUCUCCCACUCUUAUUGUCUUCACCAGGAUAUCAUGCGACUUGCUUGUGCUAGCACACGUGUCAAUAGUCUUUAUGGCCUUAUUGUUGUCAUCUUAACUUUGGGGUUGGAUGUCCUUAUCAUUCUCUUUUCUUAUGUGCUCAUCUUGAAGACUGUGCUGGGCAUUGCUUCAUGGGCUGAGAGACUCAAAGCCUUCAAUACCUGCUUCUCUCACAUUUGUGCUUUGUUGCUCUUAUACAUACCCUUUAUUGGUGCUACCAUGAUCCACCGCUUUGGAAAGCACCUAUCGCCCAUUAUACAUACAGUGAUGGCCAAUGUGUACCUGUUACUCCCACCUGUGCUUAACCCUAUCAUCUACAGUAUAAAAACUAAGCAGAUUCGUAAGAGAAUAGUCCAAAUAUUCUUUAGGAGAAAAGUCAGGACUUAAUAAGAGAAGAAAUGAAGUGAAAAUAUCCAAGUCAGGAGGGUAAGGAGGAUAAACAUUAAUAUCAUUUAUAGAAUACCUACAUGUACUAGGUAUUGAACUAAGUGUCUUACAAAUGAUCUUCACUCCAUCCCUGCAAAGCAGGUGCUGUUGUGAUAUCCAUUUUAAAUUUGAGGAAAUUAUGACACAGAUUAAGUGAAUUUCCAAGGUCACUCCUCUAGUAAAGUUCUCACACCAGACUCCAGGUCUUGUGCUACCUAAUGGUCCCUAGAUAUUGCUAGUAAAUAAUACUGAGACCACUACAGUUUCCUUACCAUUGUGGGGGGAGAGGAAGAGGGUAUGUAGAUUACUACCAAAAGUGAGGAUAAAUUAUAUGUCAUCUUGAUAUCAUAGCAUUUCAUAUCAUUUCAUGAUUAUAAGGUUCUUCCACAUACGUGCUUCCAUGUGAUUUUCAUAGAUCUAUAUAUUCCUACAGUUGAAAGAAUUAUUAUCUAGUUAUUUAGGUUAACUAAUGCCCAAAGCAUAAAUCUUGUCAAGAAUAUCUCUGAAAAGAUUAUCCAUUCUGUGCUUGAAGAACCCCAAUAAUCUUGUGAAGCAGACAGAAUAAGAAUUAUUAUUUCACUUGAAUUAAUUAGCAAAUUGAGAAAAUGAAAAGUGAAGUGAUAUACUUUUACUAAGUAGAAAAGUUGGAAUUUACCAAAAAAAUUCUGAUUCCAA